CGCUCGCGAGGCCACCCGCGCCCGGAGCACCAGUCCGCGGCCGGGCGUCGAUGAUCUGCAGGCCAGGCCACCUCUUUCGGGGCCCAGGCCACCGCUCUCAGACGCCAGAGGGACAAGUACGAGCCAGCCAAGGAAGCUGAGAGCCCAGGAGGCCACCGCCGAGCGCCAGGCACCCGCCAAGCUGCUGCGCUCCCGGGUACCCGGCUGGGUAAAGGACAGCUUCUGGGUGCGGGGGAACACAGAGAAACCGAGUCCUCGUGGAAAAACAAGAUGUCACAAUAGAUUCUUGGCCCCUAGAGCCCACUGAGGUGAGAGGAAAAUCUCUGGGCUGCUUGGUUCUAUACUAAGUGAAAAGCAGUCAUGGAGAUGACAGCUGAGCAGUCCAAUGGGAGCCAAAUAUGGAUGCCCUCUCCAUUUGACAUCAAUGGCUCAGUGGGGCCAAGCAAUGGCUCCAACCAGACAGAGCCGUACUAUGACAUGACAAGCAAUGCGGUGCUCACCUUCAUCUACUUCGUGGUGUGCGUUGUUGGGCUGUGCGGCAACACGCUUGUCAUUUACGUUAUCCUUCGCUACGCCAAGAUGAAAACCAUCACCAACAUCUACAUCCUCAACCUGGCCAUUGCAGAUGAACUCUUUAUGCUGGGGCUGCCCUUCUUGGCCAUGCAGGUGGCGCUGGUCCACUGGCCUUUCGGCAAGGCCAUCUGCCGGGUAGUUAUGACGGUGGAUGGCAUCAAUCAGUUCACCAGUAUCUUCUGCCUGACGGUCAUGAGCAUCGACCGUUACCUGGCUGUGGUUCACCCCAUUAAGUCAGCCAAGUGGAGGCGACCCCGGACAGCCAAGAUGAUCAAUGUGGCCGUGUGGGGCUUGUCUCUGCUAGUCAUUUUGCCCAUCAUGAUAUACGCUGGCCUCCGGAGCAACCAGUGGGGGAGAAGCAGCUGUACCAUCAACUGGCCAGGUGAAUCUGGGGCGUGGUAUACAGGGUUCAUUAUCUAUGCCUUCAUCCUGGGGUUCCUGGUACCCCUCACCAUUAUUUGUCUUUGCUACCUGUUUAUCAUCAUCAAGGUGAAGUCCUCUGGAAUCCGAGUGGGGUCCUCCAAGAGGAAAAAGUCAGAGAAAAAGGUCACCCGAAUGGUGUCCAUAGUGGUGGCUGUCUUCAUCUUCUGCUGGCUCCCUUUCUACAUCUUCAACGUCUCUUCCGUGUCUGUGGCCAUCAGUCCCACCCCAGCCCUGAAAGGCAUGUUUGACUUUGUGGUGAUCCUUACCUAUGCCAACAGCUGCGCCAACCCCAUCCUGUAUGCCUUCUUAUCUGACAACUUCAAGAAGAGCUUCCAGAAUGUUCUCUGCUUGGUCAAGGUGAGUGGUACAGAUGAUGGGGAACGGAGCGACAGUAAGCAGGACAAAUCCCGGCUGAAUGAGACCACGGAGACCCAGAGGACCCUCCUCAAUGGAGACCUCCAAACCAGUAUCUGAACUACCCAGAAAUGCACGAGCCACGCCCCGCCUCCUGGCAGUGCGUUUCCCUCUCACCUGCUUCCUGCCUCCCCCGCCCAUCACACAUGGCUUCUAGGACACAAGAGCAGGAUUUGAGUCUGCUUGUCCGAGAGUACAUCCCUCUAAUCACUUCUCCCCUAAAGUGAACAUUUUCGUGCAGGCGGACAGUUCAAAGUCUGGAGAAGAGGACAUCACUGCCUGGGCGUGACCUUGUGGAAAGCAUCUCCCCAGUGGAAACCUGAAAAACCCAACCUAAGCCAAAUCCCUAAGUGUAUGUGUGCUUAUGCGCUGUGUAAUCUUGUGAUCUGAUAUUUCACGUUUGUAUAUUUACGUAUAUAUUUCCACGUAGUCUCUGCGGAGCCAGUACAUACACGUCCUGUGUUUGUAAACCCAAGUAGCUAGUUCAUGCGUGUCUAGUAUAGAUGGACAUUUACCACAACACUGAACCUGAAGAAGUGGACUCACCACAACAAAUACAAUCACGUGUAAGCUUCCGGCAUUUCUCUUGCAUGGGCCUUUCCCGGACCCAGGGAGGAGCAUGAGCGGUAUGUUCAUAUAAUAAUACGUUUUGUUUAAAAAAAAGAAAGGUGAACGUAAGGUACUUUUGUAUUCUUUUCCCAGAGGGCCCCUAAGCUGUAUAUGCAUCUAGCCUCAUAGCUGCUGCCUUUGUGCCAAGGUUAGUUGUUCCUUCAAUUUCAAACAAGUCAGAUCAAAGUAAGAAGAGAGAGGGAGAACAGACUUUGAGAGCCAGAAAAUAAACUCAGAGUUUGCCUCUCAGAUCCAAUCAGUUACUCAUUUACCCAAAAGGACUUAAGGGGCUGUGGCCAUCCAUCAUUGUGUUUAUCGAGGCAAAGCCUGCUUUGAUAUCAGAUUGUAUUUUUCUCUCCUCCAAUUGCUUUGGUUUUACUUAGGGAGCCAUUGGGGAAGUGGGGCUCGGUAACCUGAAAGACAAAAACAGACUAUGAUUCCCCACCAACACACAAACACACACACCCAAACACGUCCACACACAGAUAAAUAAAUGAUAGCGAGAAGAAGAAAAAUGAAAUAGAAUUAUAGCUUUAAGGGAAACCAUGAGAUUGGUUUGUUUUUAAUGCCAGAUAAGACUUCUUAAAGAAAGAAAGAAAACAGACCUGUAACUCUACAAUUCCUCGAAGGUGUUUUUGGGUUUUCUUGUUCUUGUUCUUGGCUUGCUGGUUCUCUGGGGGGCCUGCUGUUGUUACGUCUUCCUGUCUAUGUAGAGGUGGUGUAUAGGGAUGUAUUUAUGCCUGUGUCUGCGUGUGCACGAGUGUGUGCAUGUGCAUGUGCGGAUGUAUGUUUAGGUUAGACGUUGAUAGUGCUCUCUCCCUCCAUCGAGGUAGGGUCUCUUGCUGAGAGCGAAGCUUCCCAGUCAGGUGAGCCAGCUUGCCUAAAAGA